GCGAAGGGAUCGUUCUUCAACACGAAACUUUGAAGGAUACGUACCGCAUUUGGAAUGGCCGUUUCAGUUGUGUCGGAUUCCAAUCCGCAGUGCCUUGUCAGCUCUGGGACAAUGGACGAACCUGUUAUAUAUUCGGAGUAAAUUGGAAAUAUUCCCUACAAUGACAGGAACGUAUGGAGUUAUGUAAUUGACAAUCCUAUUACAGUUUUAAACAAUGAAGCGCUUAAAUACCAAUAUCAGGAGAUGUUGGGCAGGAGUUGCAACUGUAAUUGUAGUGCUUGUUACAUCAUCCUUUAUGUAUUACACGUCACAUGGUUAUUUGACUGGGUUAUCACAUGUUGCAACUAAGUAUGACAUCUAUAAGAAGGCCUCGAUCAUCAAUGCACAUGCUGCACCUGCGACAUCUCUAUCUAUGGCUGAUGAACAAGUGUUUUCCAAAUGGCGACUGAAGAGUCCCCUGGAAGAUCUUGUUACAAUCCCCGAAAGGGGGCGAUUUGGUAACGCUAUGUUUCAGUAUGCAUCGCUGCUUGGGAUUGCCUUCCGCAACGGUAAGCGACCAGUCAUAUCCAGCACAACGUCCCUCAUUAAACUGUUUAAUAUCUCCUUCACUGACGACGUUGACACACAAAGGUGGACAUCCGUCCGAGAGAAACGAUACGCCAGCUACGACGACCAGUUGGAAGACCUUCCAAAGGGAAACGUGAAAAUACUCAGUUUUUUGCAGUCAUGGAAAUAUUUCGAGCCAAUCAAAUCUCAGAUUCAAAGGGAAUUUAAACCAAAAGGCACAUAUGCUAGAAUUGCUGCGAACUCGUUCAAACAAUACACUUCUCCAUUUCCCAAUCGAACUGUCAUAGCUUUACAUGUCCGAAGGACAGACAUAAACCAAGAAUGGUAUCGAAAGCGAGGCUAUACAACGGCUCCUCUGUCCUACAUAAGGAAGGCUGUUGCUCACAUGAAACUAAAGUUCAUCAAUCCUCUGUUUCUUAUUGCUACAGAUGACGUUGACUGGUGUUAUAAGCACCUAACUGCCCCAGACAUUGUGAUAAUGCACAACAUGAAUGAGUACGUAGACUUUGCUGCUAUGACGAUGUGUGAUCACAUGAUUAUGACGGUGGGAACCUUUGGUUGGUGGGCAGCCUGGCUCAUUGAUGGCUAUACUGUGUAUUACAAUGGCUACCCGUUAACUGGUACGGCCAUAAGCAUAGGGUUUGAGAAAGGUGAUUUUUACAUGCCUAAAUGGGUUCCUAUGGGUAAUUAAUAAUCGUUAACUUCGUUAAAACUAUUUGUUGAAUAAAGACGAGAUAAUAUGGGCAUUGUUUUCAAAUAUAGUGGGAAUUAUAUAUAACAAUCCUUUCGAUUAUUUUUGUUGUCUAAGCGAUCUUUGCCGGAAGUGGUGUAAAAAACCAUCCUCAAUCUAAUUUUGGUUUUCUGAAUUUUCUAAAUAAAUAAAC